UCAUCUUUCUUUGUCGCGCAUCAUGGCGGACCGGUUCAAUAAGGUUCUGCUACUUGAUGAGGGCCAUCUACUCGGCCGGCUUGCUGCCAUCGUGGCUAAACAGGUUCUGCUGGGACACAAAGUUGUGGUCGUAAGAUGUGAAGGGAUCAACAUCUCUGGCAACUUCUACCGGAACAAACGUGAGUACUUUGAAGUACUGGCUUUCCUGCGCAAGAGGAUGAACACCAACCCCUCCCGUGGACCAUACCACUUUAGAGCUCCCAGCCGUAAUCUUCUGAGGACUGUCAGAGGUAUGCUUCCUCACAAAACCAAGAGAGGACCUGCUCUGGAGAGGCUGAAGGUCGAUGGUAUCCCCCCACCAUAUGACAAGGGAAUUAUCAAUGACAGUAGGAAGCGCAUGGUUGUCCCAGCUGCUCUUAAAAUUGUGCGCCUGAAGCCCUCUCGCAAGUUUGCCCUCCUCGGGCGUCUGGCUCAUGAGGUCGGAUGGAAGUACCAGGCUAUCACAGCCACCCUUGAGGAGAAGAGGAAGGAAAAGGCCAAGCUCCGCUACGCCAAGAAAAAGACAGUGAUGAAGCUGACCAAGCAGGCAGAGAAGAACGUUGAGGCUAAAAUUGCAAAAUACACAGACGUUCUGAAACAAUAUGGAGUCCUUGUUUGAGCUGGUUUCCUCUGGCCAAUAAAGAAAUAAAUGUUUAUAGAAAUUG